AUGAAUAUCCCAGCUUCAGAAUCAGAAGUUCAGAAAUCUCAUGAAGAAAGAUAUAAAAAUUAUGUCUCAGAAUCAACACAAAAUUUAUUAGAUGGUGAAAUAGACGAAACACUUUCAGAAGAAGGUACUAAAUUUAUUCGUAAACAUAAGUUACAAUUUAUUGAUAAUGAAAAAUACCCCUGUAUCCUACUUUCACCACCUUUAGAUUCCGAAAAAUUCAAAAAAGCUCUUAAAAACGUGACAUAUGCAACUAAUACGAUUAAGAAAGAAGAUCAUGAUAUUUACACAAAUUAUUAUUUAAAUAAAUGCACAGGUGUUGAUAAAGUUUUUGAUUUAUUAGAUAAAAUAUCAAAAGAAACCAUUGGAACCUAUAAAAUUUUGUGUGAUUGUGGUUUCAUUAUUGAAGAUACCAAUAAUGUUUCAUAUGAAAGAACAGCACCGAAGGAAGACGAAGUUGAAAGGUCUAUACCAUUCGUUAUUAAGAACAUAAAAGAUAUGAAAACUUAUAAACAUUAUAUUUAUUCAUUUAUUUCAGAAAAAAUGGAAGCAACCCAUAAAACAUCUUCUCAUCAUUUUAUAGCUAUUCAUACAUUCCUUUUCAAAGUUGUGAAAUUAAAUAAGACAGGAAUUAGAUUUAAUGUAUCAGGGUACGCAUUCUUGAGUAAAUUAAAAUGUAUUCGUCACAUCGCAGAUGAUAAAAAUUUAUGUGUUCUUAAUUCAUUUUAUGGGCUUUAA